CAUAUAGAAACAUAGAGUUUGAAUCCAUUUCUAGAAAGAGAGAGACAUUGAUAGAGCUGAAUGGAGGUUCGAGGCACUGCUCCAUCUAUGCAGCAACCGGCGCCGAUCAAAAUAAUGUUUCUGGUGGCGGCGAUAGCCGCCGGAGUGCAAUUCGGGUGGGCCCUACAGCUCUCCCUCCUCACUCCAUACGUGCAGCUGCUGGGGAUCCCCCACACCUGGGCGGCCUUCAUCUGGCUGUGCGGCCCCAUUUCCGGCCUCAUCGUGCAGCCUAUCGUCGGCUACUACAGCGACAACUGCACCUCCCGCUUCGGCCGCCGCAAACCCUUCAUCGCCGCCGGAGCUGCGCUUGUCGCAAUGGCCGUUUUCCUCAUUGGCUUCGCCGCUGAUAUAGGUCAUGCCAGCGGCGAUCAUUCCGGCAAGGACCCAAAACCUAGGGCAAUUGCCGUUUUUGUCGUCGGAUUCUGGAUCCUCGACGUUGCUAAUAACAUGUUGCAGGGACCGUGUAGGGCUUUGCUGGCGGAUCUAUCAGGCGGAGAAGCUCGGAGAAUGAGCACAUCAAACGCGCUCUUCUCCUUCUUCAUGGCGGUGGGAAACGUCCUCGGCUACGCCGCCGGCUCCUACACUCACCUCUACAAAAUCUUCCCCUUCUCCAAAACCGAGGCCUGCGAAUUCUACUGCGCGAAUCUCAAGACUUGCUUCAUAAUCGCCAUCGCCUUAUUAUCAAUCCUCACCGCACUCGCCCUUACCUUCGUCCGCGACGUCCCCGCCUCCGCUGCGGCGACGGAGCCGGCCAAAAAGGGUAAAAUCCCGGUGCUGGGGGAAUUAUUCGGUGCGUUGAAGGACCUCCCUAAGCCGAUGUGGAUCCUUUUAUUGGUGACGUGUUUGAAUUGGAUUGCGUGGUUCCCUUUCCUGCUAUUCGACACUGAUUGGAUGGGGAAAGAGGUGUACGGCGGGAAGGUGGGCGAGGGGAAUCUGUACGACCGCGGCGUACGCGCCGGCGCGUUAGGUUUGAUGCUGAAUUCGGUGGUUUUGGGGGUGGCGUCGCUUGGGGUGCAGUUCUGCUCAAGAGGCCUUGUAAAGGUGAAGAAGCUUUGGGGCUUCGCCAAUUUCUUGCUGGCCAUCGGUUUAGGCAUGACGGUGGUGAUCACCAAGAUGGCGCAGCACACGCGCCACUACGGCGCUGAUGGAACGCUGCACACACCGGAGCCCGGCGUCAAGAUUGGAGCUUUGGUACUCUUUGCUAUCCUCGGCAUUCCUCUCUCGGUGACUUACAGCAUUCCAUUUGCUUUGGCUUCCAUAUUUUCCAGUAAUUCUGGUUCUGGACAAGGCCUAUCACUUGGAGUUCUAAAUCUUGCAAUAGUUAUUCCACAGAUGCUGGUUUCCGUAACAAGUGGGCCGUGGGACGAUCUCUUCGGAGGUGGGAACCUACCUGCAUUUGUGGUCGGAGCAGUGGCCGCCGCCCUCAGCGGUGUUUUGGCUCUCACGAUCCUUCCAUCGCCGCCUCCUGAAAUGGUGGCGAGCAAGGCUAUGACUUCCGGAGGAUUUCACUAAAAUUAAUGUGUCGCUCGUUGCACGCUUUUAUCUGAACUUAUAAAUGUUGUCCUCUAUCUUAUAUAUCUCCAACUUUAAUGGUAUUUGUAUACAUUAGUUAUAACGUGAUUAUUGUUAUGUGGUUUUUCGCUA